GUGAUUGCUAUGGAGACUGGUAAACUGUACUGAGCAAGAAGAGCAAAACCAUCAAUAUCGGAUCAGUAAACAUUUAAUGGUUUCGUUAUGAUAGCUAACAUGGCUAUUUCCGGUUGACAACAUUACUACACAUGGUUUAUCUAGGAGCUGAAUCUCAAACGUCUGAAUUUCAGUGAAAGAUGCCACAAGCUCCCAGAACAAAACUACAGACCAAACUGAGUACCUGGACACCUCUAAAUCAUCAGCUCUCCAAUGCUCAUGUUUUUGAAGAGAGAAGAAAUUUGCUUGGAAAGUGGUUUGAAAAGUGGACAGAUAGUCAGCGGAAACAGGUGCUACAAGACUGGUUCUCCAGAUGCUCUGCUUGCCAGCUGAAACAUCUCAGACAGACUCUGAGCAGCUGGGUAUCAGAGGAAGCCCUCGACUUCACUAGGGUCCUUCCCAGGGUCAUAUCACUAUAUAUAUUUUCAUUCCUUGACCCCCGAAGCCUCUGUAGAUGUGCUCAGGUGAGCUGGCACUGGAAAAACCUGGUUGAGCUUGACCAGCUGUGGAUGCCUAAAUGUCUGAAACUAGGCUGGUGCAUAACCUUUACUUUAACACAAUUUGAACAAGGUGUAUGGAAGAGGCAUUACAUAGAGACUGUGCAGGAGCUGCACAUUAGCAGGCCCAAGGUGCCUGUGAAGGAAGAGUUUAUUAUCCCUGAGGUGAAAGUAAUUGGUAGUGAGAUAGAGGGGUCACUUCCUGUGACCGGUCACAGGGAGUUGGAGUCUGUCCUCUCCAGUCUCCAUAGGAAGAGUAAAGAUGGGAAUGGCUUCGUGAAAUCAGCCAAAGGUCUUCCGCCGUGGAAAGACUCAGACAGGCAUCCCACUGACACAAUACGCUUUAACUACUUGAUUAACCUUGACUCAGUUGAGCAUGCAAGACAAGCACUGAUAAAGGGACAAAGUGCUACAAUAAGACAGGAAAACACUAUGAAAGCACCAUCUCGCUCAACAUACAAGACCAAAUCCUUGUGCAGCUGGAAAGCAAAACCAAAACAGGCCACAAUGGGAAGCUCAGAACCUAGAAUCACUUCCGGCUAACAAGGAUUCCAUAAAAAGACUUUCCCAGACCUCCCAAUGGAAUGCAGGGAUACGUCCUGGUCCUGUAAGGCCUCCAGUGUCCAGACUGAGUAAGGAGGGGCUCCGUGCAUCACAGAGAUCCCAUAGAAGCACACCAACUGUGUCUCUUUUCGAAGGACAUCCAUGAAGGAGAACAUGUGAAGAAUCAAAAGAAGCUUGGCACAUAAGGCCAUCUACUGGAUAAUGUUGUGAUAGCUACAUGAACGACAUGAAGUGAUUCAUACAAAGUUCAUGUAUUAUCAUGUCUUUAAUUAAAAAUUAUGUCAUAAGCACAAUACAUCCAUUGUUUUUAUAUGAUUAUUUUUUCUUCCUCGAGUCCCUCAAAUGUGUUAUUGUCCACUAGAUGUCCCUGUCUGCAUAGAAUGUGUGAAUGAGCCAAUGGUUGAAAUGUAUUUUUAUUGUUUACCAUCUUGCUUUCUCUGUAUUCUCAUAUAUAACCUGUGUAUGCGUUUUAAACUAA